CGUGCGUAACCCCUGCGGGAAGAGAAGGCGCGAGAAUGGAGGUGCAGAUGCGUGGUGAGAGCGGCGGGGAGCGCGGGCCGCAGGACGCUGCUCCUGGCCCCAGCAAGGCCGCGGGCAGCGCUGGCCACUACGAGCUGCCGUGGGUUGAAAAAUACAGACCAGUAAAGCUGAAUGAAAUUGUCGGAAAUGAAGACACUGUUAGCAGGCUGGAGGUCUUUGCGAGAGAAGGGAACGUGCCCAAUAUCAUCAUUGCUGGGCCGCCCGGAACUGGCAAGACCACCAGCAUCCUGUGCCUGGCACGAGCCCUCCUGGGUCCUGCGCUGAAAGACGCAGUUCUGGAGCUCAACGCGUCCAAUGACAGGGGCAUCGAUGUUGUGCGGAAUAAAAUCAAAAUGUUUGCCCAGCAGAAAGUGACGCUUCCCAGGGGCCGACACAAGAUCAUCAUCCUGGACGAGGCCGACAGCAUGACGGACGGUGCGCAGCAGGCCCUGCGGAGGACCAUGGAGAUCUACUCCAAGACCACCCGCUUCGCGCUGGCCUGCAAUGCCUCGGACAAGAUCAUAGAGCCCAUCCAGUCCCGCUGCGCCGUGCUGCGCUACACCAAGCUCACGGACGCGCAGGUCCUCGCGCGGCUUCUGAGCGUCAUCGAGAAGGAAGCUGUGCCCUACACGGACGACGGCCUGGAAGCCAUCAUCUUCACGGCACAGGGCGACAUGCGGCAGGCGCUGAACAACCUGCAGUCCACCUUCUCGGGCUUCGGCUUCAUCAACAGCGAGAACGUGUUCAAGGUCUGCGAUGAGCCCCACCCGCUGCUGGUGAAGGAGAUGAUCCAGCACUGCGUGAGCACCAACCUCGACGAGGCCUACAAGAUCCUUGCUCACCUGUGGCACCUGGGCUACUCGCCAGAGGACAUCAUCGGCAACGUGUUCCGUGUGUGCAAGACUUUCCCGAUGGCCGAGUACCUGAAGCUGGAGUUCAUCAAGGAGAUCGGCUACACGCACAUGCGCGUGGCGGAAGGCGUGAACUCCCUUCUGCAGAUGGCGGGGCUGCUGGCCAGGCUGUGUCAGAAGACAAUGGCGCCGGUGGCCAGUUAGAGCGGGGACGUCACCAGCGCAGCCUGAGGAGCCUUCACCCCCAGAGCCGGAGAACCGCAGGCUCCAGUGGGGGCUGCGCCCGACUUUGAAUUCUGGUGGCGUCCAGCCCUGUGGCACAUCCUGCGCCAUGCGUGUCCAGGGGACCUGGUGACACGUUGGGUGGCAGAGACAGAUCCAGGUGCUGUUGGCAUUGGGGCAAUAAAGCUGGACUGCAUUUGUCCUGCA